AUUGGUGAGGUUGAUAUGUCUGUCAAGCUAGGUAUUGUGGAGAGUUUAGAAAGAUAAGUAAACAAAUUGUUUAGGGAAUUCUUAUAAAGAUAUGUAAACUUGAAUUAACAAAAGAUAACAUUUAAAAAUUAUUACUUAAUGUCAUAUUGCUAUUGAAAUUUUCUACAUUCCGAUCAACUUACUAGAAUAAACGUAUUUUUAAAUCACUAUCUAAGUAAUUGUUUACAUGUCUAUACUCGGCAAUUUGUGAAUGCUAGUGAGUAACAUCGUACUACUGUUCGGUGUGUUGUGUGCUCUUGUCACCAUGGCAACUUCAGGCACUGUCGAACUGUCAAAGGAUGAAAUGGCAGCACUGGAAACUGUCACUCAAGGAACUAACAAGUUUGCCAUCAGUCUGUACAGGGCUCUAUCUCGCAAUCAGGCUGGCAAUGUGUUCGUCUCACCACUCAGUGUACAAAUGGUGCUUGCACUAGCGUAUACAGGUGCUAAGGGCAGCACUGCUGAUGAGGUGGCCAAAGUGCUUUCUCUUCCAGAGAAGCUCGACAACACCUACAGCGGCUACAAUGCGCUCAUCAGAAUCCUUCAGGAUCCAGUGCUAAAGCUGGCCAACCGCAUGUUUGUGGAGAAGACUGCUGGUGUGUUGGAGACGUUCCAGAAGAAUGCAGAAAAGUACUUUCUGUCUCCUGCAGAGUCCGUUGACUUUAUGAAAGAUACAGAGAAUGCUAGAGUACACAUCAAUUCCUGGGUUGAAGAUCAGACCAAUAAGAAGAUAACAAACCUUCUUGCACCCGGUAUACUCUCCUGUGAUACAAGGCUAGUAUUGGUAAAUGCAAUACAUUUCAAGGCCAACUGGAGUAAACAAUUCCAAGAAAAAGACACAAAAGAACAACCCUUCCAUGUCUCCAAAACUAAGAGUGUACCAGUUCAGAUGAUGAAUAUUAAAAAGAAGUUUGGCUUUGUCCAUGACAAAGAUUUGGGAGCAAAGAUUCUAGAGCUGGAGUAUGAGGGUGGACAUUUCCGCAUGUUGGUAAUACUGCCUGAUGAGAUAGACGGGUUGGCCAAACUAGAAGAGAAGCUGGAAAAGGUUAAUCUCUCUGACAAAAUAAAGUACAUGCAGCAACCCACUGUCACUGUCGCACUGCCCAAGUUCAAGAUGGAGGAAACCAUGGAUCUGAAUGACAUUUUGAAGUCUAUGGGAGUGGAGACUAUGUUCAGUCAGAAGGCUAACUUCAGCGGUAUAUCCGACGUGCCUCUGGUGGUCAGCAAGGUAGUUCAGAAAGCGUUUGUGGAGGUCAACGAGAAGGGUACUGAAGCUGCAGCGGCUACUGCUGGGUGCGUUCGUUUGCGGCGCAGUUUAGAUAUCGAAGAAGAACCUGAAGAAUUUAUUGCUGACCAUCCGUUUGCGUUUGUUAUAUCUCACAAUCCCAGCAGCUCUGUCCUGUUUGUCGCUAGGUUUUCGAUUCCGGACUCGGACCAAAACGAGACUAAUAAUAAAUCUCAUGAUGAGUUUUAGUCAUCUUAUAUUGUGCACAAUGUGGUAGCUUUCUAGGCGCUUUGAAACACGUAACACUAAUCACUCAAUAUUGUGUGUUUAAUCACAGGUCUGAUGCAUGUAAAGAUAUUUUGAAACUAAUGAAACUUAAUAAAAGAAAGACUAUUUAAAAACUGGACACAAUUUUCACAAAUCAGCCAAUUUUAUUGAUAUAUUUACCAUUUGUUAUUUAUUUCUAAGCUGUUUAUGAAGUUUUUGAAGCCUACAAAAUAGAAAAAAUAUUUUUAUUUAAGGCCUGUCAGCAACAAUAAAACAGAAAGACUCUGCACAAGUAUUAAUAUACUUAUAGUUUAGUAAUUCUAUAGUCUGUGCAAUAAUACACUACGUAGCUUUGGUUAUGUCUUUUAUUUCGUGUUAUAUAUAUUCAACUAUUUUUUUAUUGUGAAAUUUUAAUUUUACAAAUCUGACAAAGAUAGGAAAGUUCACACCUUUUUGAGUUUCCAGCUGUGGUAAUAAUGUUUGUUAGUUUCUACAAUUAAACUACUGCCUUAAAUAAUUAUUGAAAUACUACGGUUUAUUUACUUUACUACGAGUCUUAAUUUUGUAAGCAACUGACAUGUAGGUAUUAUAAAUCUCAUUAACGGAAUAGUGGUUUAAUUGAGUUCCACCUAACUUGAAGUUAAGUUUACAACCUAAGAAGACUAAGUUACUAAGUACUAUAUACUAAUUUGUUUUUUGUUAGCAAUGGUGUAAUAGUAUAUUGUUAUAACUGCUAGAACAUUGUUAACAAAAACAAAUAUUCUAGAGCUAUCGAGGCUAUCGGCCUAAAUGUAUUCAUCAUUUGUAAAACUGUCUCGGAGGAAAGUUACCUGUAACUUCUGUCUACUGUGGUCUAACCUCUCUCACUCUGAAAAAUGGAAACUUUCCUCUCCUAUUACACAAAUUACUAUUCUUAAACGAGGCAUAUUCUUUAAGUAAGUACCAUUUUGAAAUUUCGCCCCUGCAGCGCCUGGGUUGGUGUCCUGCGCUUGCGUACUGUCUACGUUAACCUGUUAGUAAGCUACAGACACAAUUACAUAAAAAAUCAAUUGUUUUUACACAGGUUAACGCAUAUUUCAAAUGUCCCUAUGAAUUGAGAAUCCCAUUGACUGUGAAGUACGUGCUGUUAUUUGUUUUUUGGCACUGAAGGUGUGAAAGCAGUUGAAAUUUACUAUCAGAACCCUGAAGUGUACGGACAAAACACUAUGAGUCAUGGAAUGACAUUGGGUAAAAGAUAGUCAAAAUAACGUCAAUGGUAAGAAAAAGAGUUGAAAACUUUCAAUGAUCACCAGUGAUUUGGUGCACAAAUUGAAUAAUAAAGUGAAAAUGAGUAGUCAUUUUAUAAUUUCUUUGUUUUAUGAAGUUUUUUGGAUGACAUUUUUAUCGAAAAACAUUGUUUCGCUGAAUAACAUUUUUAUGAAGAAACAUGUUUUAUUUUAUGACAUUUUUAUCGAGAAACAUGUUUUGCUGUAUGUCAAAGUCCGUCCACAUGUAGCAAAAAAACUUAAACAAAUCAUUACAGCAUUUUGCUAGGUACAACUUGAUAAUCCUCACAAUAGCCCCAAUUACACCUCCAGUGCCUACCAUUUGUUUGUUCACAAGAAGAAGCAUCUUGAAGAUCAGUGCUGCAACAAAGACAAUAGCAUCAAAAUUGUCGUGUUGCACUCUCGGUUAAAUUAAGUGGCAAUCUUGUAUAAGAAUAAUAUACAAAAGGUUGUAUUUAGAUAUGGUAAUUUUCUUAAUAUUGAUGGCAGUUAUAUAGAAAAAGCAGGUAAAGUGUGUGGGCUUUCAUAUAAAAAUAAAAUUGUUACAACAAGUUUACUUGAUUUUGUUUUAUAUCAGAACUUACUUAAAAAAUACACCUCAUAUUAUAGUCAAAGAAUUGGAAAAUAUUAGGUAAUAAGUAAGUAUAGACAUUAAUAACUUCAACCAAGAAUAAUCCGUCCUUUAACAAAGUUAACUAACAUUCUUAGAUUGUCAAUUGGUAUAUAUCUUUCUUUAUUAAUAUUUUCACUUUUUACUUUUAUGAACACGUUUUUAUAGAUAGCACAUCAGGUUAGUCGUACUUGUUUAUUAAAAGGAAUUACUUUUAAAAUUAGUUUAUUACUGUAGUCAUAUUAUUUUAAUUAGUUACAUUCAAUGUAGCAAAAAUAUUAAUAAUAGAAAUAAUGUGGGAAAAAAAUAUUAAGAUUAUGAAUUUAUAUUAUAUCUAAAUAAACAACCAACAUUAUUAUUGA